AUGUCUACUACCGCCGCCGGACCCAACCCCAACGCCCCACCCCGCCCCACCGCCCUCCUCAACACCGCCGAUGCCCUCAAGCAUCUCGACGAGUACCCCAGGGGUGACGGUCUUUCUCUCCAGGAGCUCAUGGACUCCAGGAAGAACGGUGGUUUGACCUACAACGACUUCUUGAUCCUCCCCGGUCACAUCAACUUCCCUGCCUCGGAUGUCUCUUUGCAGUCCAAGGCUACCAAGAACAUUGUCCUCAACACCCCUUUCCUCUCUUCCCCCAUGGACACCGUCACUGAGGACCGAAUGGCCAUCGCUAUCGCCCUCCACGGUGGUCUCGGUAUCAUCCACCACAACUGUACUGCUGAGGAGCAGGCCGCCAUGGUGCGAAGGGUGAAGAAGUACGAGAACGGUUUCAUCACCGACCCUGUCUGCUUGGGUCCCGAUGCCACUGUUGGCGACGCUCUUGACAUCAAGGCCAAAUUUGGCUUCUGUGGUGUUCCCAUCACUGAGAACGGUCAGAUCGGUAGCAAGCUCCUUGGUAUCGUCACUGGCCGAGACGUUCAAUUCCAGGACGCCGAGACCCCUAUCAAGUCUGUCAUGACCAAGGACGUCGUCACUGGCUCUUUCCCCCUCGCCCUCGAGAAGGCCAACUCUCUCCUGCGUGAAACCAAGAAGGGCAAGCUCCCUAUUGUCGACGCCUCCGGCAACCUCGUCUCUCUCGUCGCCCGAUCCGAUUUGCUCAAGAACCAAAACUUCCCCUACGCCAGCAAGGUGCCCGAGAGCAAGCAGCUCUACUGUGGUGCUGCUAUCGGCACCCGGCCCAGUGACAAGGAGAGGCUCAAGCUUUUGGCCGAGGCUGGCCUCGAUGUUGUCGUCUUGGACUCUUCCCAGGGUAACUCUACCUACCAGAUCGAGUUCAUCCAGUGGAUCAAGUCUACCUUCCCCAAGAUCGAUGUCAUUGCCGGUAACGUCGUGACCAGGGAGCAAGCUGCCCAGUUGAUCGUUGCGGGUGCCGACGGUUUGAGGAUCGGUAUGGGCUCUGGCUCUAUCUGUAUCACCCAGGAGGUCAUGGCUGUCGGUCGACCCCAGGGUACCGCCGUCUACGCCGUCGCCGAGUUUGCCAGCCGAUUCGGUAUCCCCUGUAUCGCCGACGGUGGUAUCGGGAACAUCGGUCACAUUGCCAAGGCCACCGCUCUUGGUGCCUCCGCUGUGAUGAUGGGUGGUCUCCUUGCCGGUACCACCGAAUCCCCCGGUGACUACUUCUACCACGAGGGCAAGCGAGUCAAGGUCUACCGAGGUAUGGGCUCCAUCGAGGCUAUGGAGCACACUCAGCGAGGUUCCGUUGCCGGCAAGCAGUCUAUGCUUGGUCUUGACAACGCCGCCACUGCCCGAUACUUCUCUGAGACCGACGCUGUCAAGGUCGCCCAGGGUGUGUCUGGUGAUGUCGCCGACAAGGGUAGCAUCAACAAGUUUGUGCCUUACCUUUACACUGGUUUGCAGCACUCUCUUCAGGACUCUGGUAUCAAGAGCAUCACUGAGCUCCACGAGGCUGCUCGCUCUGGUGAUUUGAGGUUUGAGCUCCGAACUGCCUCCGCUCAGGUUGAGGGUGGCGUCCACGGUUUGAACUCCUAUACCAAGAGAUUGUUCGCCUAA